AUGUUGCGGACGCUGAGCUACUUGAGCUGCACCUGCGGACAGGCAGGCCGGGUCCUCCCCGGGGCGUACGGGUCGGCGCGGAGACCAUGGCUGCUGCGCGGAGAUUGCUGCUAUGGCCGCAGCGCCAGUACUAGUUCAAGCUCAUUUGAUGUUGUCAUCGUUGGUGGUGGAAUUGUGGGUCUUGCCUCUGCCAGAGCACUCAUCCAGCGGCAUUCAGCACUUUCCAUUGGUCUUCUGGAAAAGGAAAAAGAUUUAGCUCUUCACCAGACUGGGCAUAACAGUGGUGUCAUACAUAGUGGAAUUUAUUAUAAACCCGCAUCUCUGAAAGCUAAAUUAUGUGUACAAGGCGCAUCCCUCAUCUAUGAGUACUGUAACAAAAAGGGAAUUUCCUACAAGCAAUGUGGCAAGCUUAUAGUAGCUGUUGAACAAGAAGAAAUUCCCAGACUUCAGGCCUUAUAUGAAAGAGGUCUUCAGAAUGGCGUCCAGGGCCUGAGACUGAUCCAACAAGAAGAUAUAAAAAAGAAGGAGCCUUAUUGUAGGGGUCUAAUGGCUAUUGAUUGUCCAUAUACUGGCAUUGUGGACUAUCGGCAAGUAGCUUUGUCAUUUGCCCAGGAUUUCCAAGAUGCAGGUGGCUUUGUUUUGACAAAUUUUGAAGUAAAAGAUAUUGAAAUGGCUAAAGAAAGCCCUUCAGGAAGUCAAGAUGGGAUGAAAUAUCCAAUUGUUAUUAGGAAUACAAAGGGAGAGGAGGUCCACUGUCAGUAUCUUGUGACAUGUGCAGGACUUUAUUCGGAUCGUAUUUCAGAGAUGAGUGGCUGCAAUCCUGAUCCUCAAAUUGUACCCUUCCGGGGCGAUUAUCUGCUCUUGAAGCCAGAAAAGUCCUAUCUUGUAAAAGGAAAUAUUUACCCGGUCCCAGAUAGCAGAUUUCCUUUCCUAGGAGUUCACUUCACACCAAGAAUGGAUGGCAGUAUUUGGUUAGGGCCUAAUGCAGUUCUGGCCUUUAAACGUGAGGGUUACAAACCCUUUGACUUCAGUGCCAGAGAUGUUAUGGAUAUAAUUAUCAAGAGUGGCUUAGUUAAACUAGUGUUCAAGAAUUUCUCCUAUGGCGUUGAUGAAAUGUAUAAGGCCUGCUUUCUCAGUGCAACUGUGAAGCACCUCCAGAAGUUCAUCCCUGAAAUUACUAUCCAUGACAUACUUAGAGGUCCAGCUGGAGUAAGAGCCCAAGCUCUGAAUAAAGAUGGAAAUCUAGUAGAAGAUUUUGUCUUUGAUGGAGGGGUUGGAGAUAUUGGAAGUCGCAUUCUUCAUGUCAGAAAUGCACCUUCCCCAGCAGCCACUUCUUCCCUUGCCAUUUCUGGAAUGAUUGUAGAUGAAGUACAACAAAGAUUUGCACUGUAACUAAUGAGGGGAGCUAGGUAUGCAUUUUAACCUCCGCAUUCAGCAAUAAGAAUCUGGCAAUUGUAUUCUUAGAUUUUAAGAAAACGAUUUGAAAAUCUUGUUUUUAGGUUACAAUUAACCUAACCACUGAAUUUGUUUAAAGUAUAUAGCCUAGAACUAAUACAUCUUUAAAA